AUGAAAGCGCUUGGCUUACAGAAAUCCUUCGGAUGGCCCAAGGAAAUAGACCCACAACAGCAAAGACGUCCUUUAGCUUACUACACCAUCAGAGAGAAGCUAAGGGAAGUUGUCAAAGAAAAUGAGCGAACAAGGUUUGUUGUGACUGGACAUAGCCUGGGCGGUGCUCUGGCCAUCCUGUUUUCUUUUAUUUUGGCGUUCCACGAGGACAACUUACUGCUGGAAAGAUUAGAAGGAGUAUACACAUUCGGACAACCUCGGGUGGGAGACGGGGAAUUCGGAGAAUUCAUGAUGAAAUCACUGUCGCAAUACAAGAUUCGGUACUACAGAUUUGUUUAUGGGUUCGACAUGGUCCCUCGGCUGCCCCUGGACGACAAGGCCUUGAUGUUCAAACACUUUGGACGCUGUAUUUAUUUCGACUGGAACUAUGUAGCGCAGAUUCUGGAAGAAGAGCCAUUCAAGAACUAUUUCUCGAUAGUAGGAGCGGUGCUGAUGCGAAUACAUGCAUGUUUUGAGAUAGGAAGAAGCUUCACAAUUGGGUGGAGAAGGGGAAAGGAGUACGAGGAAAGAGUUCUUUUAAGAAUUGUGAGGCUGUUUGGAUUACUAUUGCCUGGAGUUCCUGCUCAUUGUCCUCAAGAUUACGUUAAUUCAACUCGCUUGGGUUCCGCAGAUCCUUUUCUGAACGAGUAUGAUGUCAAAAUUCAGUAA